CCAACUGCUAUAAAGACCAAAACCCUAGUUCGGCAACUCUCUCUUCUUCAAUCUCCGCAAGCAACUCUGCCCUUUGAUCUGAUUCUUGAUCUCCGUCGAAGUAACCAUGGCGCCGAAAAAGGACAAGGCCCCGCCGCCGUCGUCGAAGCCGGCGAAAUCUGGAGGUGGCAAACAGAAGAAGAAGAAGUGGAGCAAGGGAAAGCAAAAGGAGAAGGUGAACAACAUGGUGUUGUUUGAUCAGGCCACUUAUGACAAGCUUCUCUCCGAGGCACCUAAGUUCAAGCUCAUCACCCCAUCAAUUCUGUCCGACCGUAUGAGGAUUAGUGGGUCACUUGCAAGGAAAGCGAUUCGUGAGCUCAUGGCGAGAGGGUCGAUCAGGAUGGUCUCUGUGCACUCCAGCCAGCAGAUCUACACCCGUGCCACCAACACCUAAGUUCUAGCUUUUCACUGGGUGUUGGUGUUUAUACCUCUUUUGCAAUAUACAAGUAUCAGAGCCUUAUUUUUGUUGCCGUAACGAUUCAUAGACUCGUUCGGAUGUCCUUUUUCAGAUUAACUGAUUAAACUCGUUAAGGGUUUUUGGAAUGAGAUUUUUUACAUCCUUUCAUUCUUUUCAUUUUCAUGAUGAUCUGGUACCAUUUGUAGAAACUUUGCAUGUUGAAUCUUUGGUCCUCGGACCUCUGUCA